CGUCCAUGUCCUCGCCGAGCACUACUACCUCGCGCCGCAACAUCCGCCCUCAUGAAGCAAUCGACGAUCUCGAAUCGCUUUACAAAGGCCCUUCGCCCUCUUUUAUUGCCCGCGAAUUCGACCUCUCCCGGCUACACUCCAUUCGCCAUCUGCUCUGGCUAGCCGGGCGUCCGUAUGGGGAGGAGGCAGGGUGUUUCUGAA